UUGCCUUAGUAAUGGAACUGAGGCGACCCUCCGCUUCAUCGGGGUCAUGGACUGUCAGCUGGUGUGCCCCGGUGUUCCCAGUUUAGCCCCCUUUUCCUGACCACUCCUGUCUCUGGUGUCCCUUUCUUACCUGAUUUCUUCACUCCGAUCUCACUCACCAUUGUUUUAACCUUUCCCUCCAGGUCCCAUUGGACCCUUCCAGGUUUUCCUAGGAAUGAGGGAAAAAUGGAGGCACAUGUCAGGGGAUCCUCACCCUAAUAAAGAGCACUUGCAUGUUAGAGCAGCACACUUCACGCCCUGUGGGCAUCCUCUGGGCACUAGAGCAAUCUAGUUUCCACCACUCCCAUGGCUUCUUAUCAUGCCCACUGUUGGGCACUUUCCUGCCAGAGGUGUCUGCUUCCCCCAACUGUGACUUCCAGGAAACAGCAUUUGGCGGUGGCCCCCAACAACGAGGUGUCAGCAGAGAGGGAGGCAGCAGGAUAAGAGGACCACUGGGGAGAGGCAGAAGGCAAGGAGGCCUCCACGCUUUCCCCAGUGCCCUUGGUUCCUGGAGCUGGGGAUGCCUCCGGGGUGAUUGGCAGUUCUUUGUUUCAGCCCCCCCUCACCGUCCUGCUGCCUCCCCCUUCAACUCCCCCUUCCAGUCCCUCCGCCCCCACCCCCUGCUCUCUCCGCCUAGCCUUUUCCCCUCCCAGCCGCCUGCCUGCCAGGGUUAGUGAGCCGGCUGAGCGUUAUGGAGACACAGGAACUUCGGGGAGCCCUGGCUCUUCUCCUCCUCUGCACUUUCUCAUCUGCCAGUCAGGACCUGCAGGUGAUUGACCUGCUGACUGUGGGUGAGUCCCGGCAGAUGGUAGCUGUGGCAGAGAAGAUCCGGACAGCCCUGCUCACUGCUGGGGACAUCUACCUCUUGUCUACCUUCCGCCUGCCUCCUAAGCAGGGUGGUGUCCUCUUUGGCCUUUACUCUCGCCAAGACAACACACGAUGGCUGGAGGCCUCUGUUGUGGGCAAGAUCAACAAAGUGCUGGUGCGGUACCAGCGGGAGGAUGGCAAAGUCCAUGCAGUGAACCUACAGCAAGCAGGCCUGGCUGAUGGGCGCACACACACAGCACUCCUGCGACUCCGAGGCCCAUCCCACCCCAGCCCUGGCCUGCAGCUCUUUGUGGACUGCAAACUGGGUGAUCAACAUGCCGGUCUCCCGGCACUGGCCCCGAUCCCUCCAGCGGAGGUUGAUGGACUGGAGAUUAGGACUGGACAGAAGGCUUAUUUGAGGAUGCAGGGCUUCGUGGAAUCUAUGAAAAUGAUUCUAGGCGGGUCCAUGGCCCGUGUUGGAGCCCUGAGUGAGUGUCCAUUCCAGGGGGAUGAGUCCAUUCACAGUGCAGUGACCAGUGCACUCCACUCCAUCCUAGGGGAGCAAACCAAGGCGCUGGUCACCCAACUCACCCUCUUCAACCAGAUCCUGGUGGAGCUGCGGGAUGACAUUCGAGACCAGGUGAAGGAAAUGUCUCUGAUCCGAAACACCAUCAUGGAGUGUCAGGUGUGCGGCUUCCACGAGCAGCGUUCCCAUUGCAGUCCCAACCCCUGCUUCCGAGGUGUGGACUGCAUGGAAGUGUACGAGUACCCUGGCUACCGCUGUGGGCCCUGCCCCCCCGGCCUGCAGGGCAAUGGCACCCACUGCACUGACGUCAAUGAGUGUGCGCAUGCUGACCCUUGUUUCCCGGGCUCAAGCUGCAUCAACACCAUGCCUGGCUUUCACUGUGAGGCCUGUCCUCAAGGCUACAAGGGCACACGGGUGUCUGGUGUGGGCAUCGACUACGCCCGAGCCAGCAAACAGGUUUGCAACGACGUUGAUGAAUGCAAUGACGGGAACAAUGGUGGCUGUGACCCAAACUCUAUCUGCACCAAUACAGUGGGCUCUUUCAAGUGUGGUCCCUGUCGCCUGGGCUUCCUGGGCAACCAAAGCCAGGGCUGCCUUCCAGCCCGGACCUGCCAUAGCCCAGCCCACAGUCCCUGCCAUGUCCAUGCACAUUGUCUCUUUGAACGCAAUGGCGCGGUGUCCUGCUCGUGUAACGUGGGCUGGGCUGGGAAUGGGAAUGUGUGCGGACCUGACACGGACAUCGACGGCUACCCGGACCAGGCGCUGCCCUGCAUGGACAACAACAAGCACUGCAAGCAGGACAACUGCCUGUUGACACCCAACUCUGGGCAGGAAGAUGCUGACAACGAUGGCAUGGGGGACCAAUGUGAUGAUGAUGCUGAUGGAGAUGGGAUCAAGAAUGUCGAGGACAAUUGCCGGCUGUUCCCCAACAAAGACCAGCAAAACUCAGACACAGAUUCAUUUGGUGAUGCCUGUGACAACUGUCCCAACGUUCCCAACAAUGACCAGAAGGACACAGAUGGCAAUGGGGAAGGGGAUGCCUGUGACAACGACGUGGAUGGGGAUGGCAUCCCCAAUGGACUGGACAACUGCCUGAAAGUCCCCAACCCCCUACAGACAGAUAGAGAUGAGGACGGGGUGGGAGAUGCCUGUGACAGCUGCCCUGAAAUGAGUAAUCCUACACAGACAGAUGCAGACAGUGACCUGGUGGGGGAUGUCUGUGACACCAAUGAAGACAGUGAUGGGGAUGGACAUCAGGACACCAAGGACAACUGCCCACAGAUACCCAAUAGUUCCCAACUGGACUCGGACAAUGAUGGACUUGGAGAUGAGUGUGAUGGGGACGAUGACAAUGAUGGUGUCCCAGAUUACGUGCCUCCUGGUCCUGAUAACUGUCGCCUGGUAUCCAAUCCCAAUCAGAAGGACUCAGAUGGCAAUGGCAUUGGUGAUGUGUGUGAGGAUGACUUUGACAAUGAUGCAGUGGUCGACCCCCUGGAUGUGUGUCCCGAAAGUGCAGAGGUAACCCUCACGGAUUUUCGGGCCUAUCAGACCGUCGUCCUGGACCCCGAAGGGGAUGCUCAGAUUGACCCAAACUGGGUCGUGCUCAACCAGGGCAUGGAAAUCGUUCAGACCAUGAACAGUGACCCAGGCCUGGCAGUUGGAUAUACAGCCUUCAAUGGUGUGGACUUUGAAGGCACCUUCCAUGUGAACACAGUGACCGAUGAUGACUAUGCAGGCUUCCUCUUCAGCUACCAGGACAGUGGCCGCUUCUACGUGGUUAUGUGGAAGCAGACGGAGCAGACCUACUGGCAGGCCACACCUUUCCGGGCUGUUGCCCAGCCUGGGCUGCAGCUCAAGGCAGUGACAUCAGUGUCUGGCCCAGGUGAGCACCUCCGGAAUGCCCUAUGGCAUACUGGCCAUACCCCUGAUCAGGUACAACUGCUGUGGACUGACCCACGGAAUGUGGGCUGGCGUGACAAGACCUCCUACCGCUGGCAGCUGCUGCACCGGCCUCAAGUUGGCUAUAUUCGAGUGAAGCUCUAUGAGGGUCCUCAGCUAGUGGCGGAUUCUGGGGUGAUCAUUGACACAUCCAUGCGUGGGGGGCGUCUCGGCGUAUUCUGCUUCUCCCAAGAAAACAUCAUUUGGUCCAAUCUCCAGUACCGAUGCAACGACACAGUUCCCGAGGACUUCGAGCCAUUCCGGAGGCAGCUGCUCCAGGGAAGAGUGUGAAGAAAUGGCUACCAGAUUCAAACUGCUGACUUUAGACCCUCUGACCUUGGGGUCUGUCCUGGAAACCCCCACCCUGGUCUAAUCUACAGCCCCUCAGCCAAACACAUACCCUCUCCUGGUGCCAAUCAGGAGUUCAGCCCCAGAGGGUGGUGACUGUUGAGGAGAUGGGAAGUUUUCAAGGGGUAUUUCUCAGGCGCCAACCCAGGAAAGAUAACAGCACCUUGCCAUAAAGUUCCAGUUGUUUUCUAAGCUAGUGUAGUUGUUUAUUUUAGGGACUUUCUGGGGGCAGUGUGGGAGCAGGAAGGGACCUGAGAGGGCUAAGGGAGAGAGGGCUGGUAGGUUGGAAGUUAGAGAUCUAGAGGAAGUUUGGCUCAGUUUGGGGCACAGGAAGGUGCUGGAUGAGGGUUAGGUGAAGGAUGGGGGGUUGGUUAGGUGAAGGAUGAGGGGGCUGGUGGGAGGGUGGUUAAAGUCCUCCCAGUCCCACUUACUCACGAUGCUAGCAGCGACACUCCAGUCUAUCUUAAA